AUUGCAUUUACGGUCAAUCUCUCCACAGGUGGCAUGCACAGCUCAAUGAAAACUACCAUGCACCGCUGAGACAGCAGAAACUGCAGUAACUGUCGGACUUACGACAGUGUCAGCCUGAGAUUGCCACGUCUGUUGCGUCGAAUGUUAAGAGCGACAUUCUUGACCUUUCUGACGACUUGGAUUCUUCCUGUUCCUGCUUCAUACACAAGCUGAAGGGGGUUUCCCUGACACAGUUACAAUAGCAACAUGGCAGGCUUCAGUACACCUACUCAAAAUGCGCGAACGCCGUCGCAACAGCAACCGAAGCAGAUGUCUUCGCGACUGCUGAACAUGAAGUUCAUGCAAAGAGCUGCUGCCGCAACGCCGAGCGCAACAACCUCUCCAGCAUCUUCUACGGCGCAGACACCAGCAACCGAACCACUUGCAAAACGCCGGAGAGUUGACAGUACUACUUCUUCCCCGGCGGCCUCGACUCCUGGAACACCGUCAAAUGGUCUUGUUCACUUAGGAAGGUCAAACCCAAUUGUAUCGCAAAGUACAGGCUUGGGCAUUGCUUCAAGAGGAGGAACAAGCACGUUUACCCGGUAUGAAGGUGCAGACACGGAAUGGGUGCUGGACCUGAAAAUGAGAUUUCCUGGAGAUAAGAGAGUGAAGCCACCACCGGAUAAGGACGCGAAUGCCGAUGACCAUGGAUCCAAUCUACAAGCAUCACGCUUUGGUGUGCUAAAUGGGCGGAGCGAAGAGGAAGAGGAGGGUGACGCAGCGGAAGAGGAAGAAGAUAUUUGGAACAACCAACGACCUAGUGGUCGACAGACUUUUGGCUCGUUUGACAAGAAGCGGAAAUCACGGUCUACUAACCGGCAGGAUCAAGGCCAGUACGAAAACGACCAAGAUCUGAGCUCAGCUUCGGACUCGGAUUCCGACGGGGAGUCAGAGGCAGGCAUCCCCGAUCCGUCCAACAUAUCAACACCGAGACAAGGCAGAGGUGCCGCAAAGGCCACAGCCGAAAUCGACUCGGAUGAGGAAAUGAACCGGGUUCGGAUGGCAAUUGAGCAGAAACAUCGGAGUAUGGCGGGCAGCGGACAUCUGGCGAGGAAUGUUUCCAGCUCUGGCAAAUUCAGCUCUCUCCGUCCCGAAGCAGGCGAUUGGAAAUGCAAUGCAGCAGGAUGCAAGUUCUACAACUUCGCGAGCAACGUCUUCUGCAUGCGCUGCGGGGCCCCUCGCACGUCACAUUCGGCCCACGCAUCUCCUGCUGGGUCGGUUUCCGCCCGCGAUGGCGAGCAGGCAGGGAACAAGCGGAAGAGGGAACAGGGGAGCCAACAGACGGGGAGCAAGAAGAAAAAGAACAAGAAGGCGAGGAAGACGAUGUGAUCAGCGCCUCACCUUCAGACACACGGUGCAUUCUCUCACGUGUACGGACAGUGAGUGUGUGCGCCCCCAUAUCAGCGUCAUCGUCAUCAGCAUCAUGAGUUAUGAGCGUUUUGCAUAUAUGUAUCAAUCCGGCCGGGCGUGGGCGAGCACUCUGGACCUUGGAUAUGAGCUGGGAUUGGAGCAGAAUAUGGACUGGGAGCUGGAUAUUCCCCCUACUUUGGACCAUCGAGUCCAGGUCUGUUUCCUUGAGAUGCCCGUUAUGGGAGACCGAGAUAAUUAGUAGUCUUUCGCCUUUCAAAAAUAGAGCAACGAGGCCUUGCGACGCCGACCAAUGCUUCGUGCCUUGGUUCUACCCC